UCCCCUCACGGCGGCCGCGCGGGAAGCGCCGAGCGGGCUGAGGGUGACAACGGGACAUCGGGCGGGCUGACGGUGACACGGGUGACACCGGAGCCAUGUACACAUCCAGACUCUUCACCCUGGUGCUGGUGGUGCAGCCGUCCCGCGUCCUCCUGGGCAUGAAGAAGCGCGGGUUCGGCGCCGGGCUGUGGAACGGCUUUGGGGGCAAGGUGCAGCCGGGGGAGAGCAUCGAGGAGGCUGCCCGCAGGGAGCUCCUGGAGGAGAGUGGACUGACUGUGGACACCUUGCAGAAGAUGGGUCAGAUCACAUUUGAGUUUGUGGGCAACUCUGAACUCAUGGAUGUGCACAUUUUCCGGGCAGAUCACUUUCAYGGAGAGCCAACAGAAAGUGAGGAAAUGCGGCCCCAGUGGUUUCAGCUGGACGAGGUGCCAUUCCAUCACAUGUGGCCAGAUGACAGCUAUUGGUUUCCUCUGGUGCUUCAGAGAAAGUUGUUUCGUGGCUAUUUUAAGUUCCAGGGACAAGACACCAUCCUGGAGCACAGCCUGAAAGAAGUGGAGGAAGUUUAAGAAAGCAGAAGCGUUCAGCCCACGUGCUACUGCCCACAUUGGGCUACAGCACCCUGAGUAUGAUCUCCUUGCUCAUCUUUCCAGUAAAGGAGACUUAUGGUCCAGAUCACUGGGAAGUAAGAAAAAUAAGGGGGUUUCUWAAAGCAGAAAUCAUAGCAACGAGAUUUUCCAUGCUGUGAAGUCCCUGGCUGUGGUAGGCUGUAGUGGUUAUGUGAUCACAACCAUUAAAAAAUUAAGUGUUAACCCUUUUCAAUAGCUUAAGCUUUUCCCUCAUGAGUGGAUUUUUUUUUAAAUUAAAAUGUUUUUUUUAGUAAAAGCAUGUGUUG